UGGGAAUAUAUUGAACUUUUCUUAUUUCUCUCUUCCUCUUGGGACAUUCCAAAACCUGACAUCUCUGACAACACUCCAUGUGAGCAGAAUGAAGAUGCGGUUUACUUCAUUGACAUAUCCCGAUGCUACAUUUGCUGAUCUUCACCACCUCGAGUCACUGAUCAUUGACGGGGCUGGAGAACCGGUGUUUGGACCUGGCUUUGCACAGAUGAGGAGGCUGAAGAGUCUGAGUUUUGGAUCACAAUGCCUUAUCAGACGUUUGGGAAAAAACUCAUUUGUCAACUUCAGGGAAGCACCUGUCAGGGAUCUGUCAUUGUCAGCAUGUAGCAUUCUUAUUUUUCUGGACGCCAAUGUCUUCUUUCCUCUUCAUAAACUGAAGUUUCUGCUUGCAAGAGAAACUGCUCCCUUUGGCCUGGAUGAGUCUUUACUAAGCUUAAAAGGACUCAGUGGAAGGAACAUGACCGAAAUAGACUUUUCACUUGUGCGUACAUAUCCUGUCUCUGUUCAAGGUGUUAUGAAGAACCAAAGUCUCGUGCUCACGUCUGAGAUGACACGUUACCUUAAGACUAUGUGUGUUGAGCGACUGAUUCUAAGGAAUAAUUACAUCGUGGUCAUUGAAAGUAGCGUGUUAUUGCAGGAACCGUUUCAAAGUUGUAUAAAAUAUAUUGACAUCAGCUACAAUUCUAUAAAAGGUGACCCCAGCUGGUUGUUCCGUCUCCCUGAACUUGUUAACCUAGCUGUACUGGAUGUGUCAAAUCAGGCAUAUAUACUUGAUGCUGGUGAUGGACAAUAUCAGCAUUCCAAAGACAUACCAAAACUAACCUUUUUUGGAAACAUGACACUUUUUCUUCCUCCAUCUUUGGAAAAACUUUUAUUAAGUGGUUCAGGAGCACAUGGAAGAUCAUUAGAGGGAACUAACAUGUGCUUUCUUGGAGGUAAUAACUUGUGGUAUUUGGACCUUUCCUAUUCUGCCAUAAUAACAAAGACUUCACGUGUCUUUGGCUUGGAGCAUGUAAAAUAUCUUGAUUUCUCAGGGAAUUUCUUUAAGAAAAUACCGUUGACAUUUUUUCAGUCAUUCCCAAUCGUCAUGACAUUGUAUCUGAAAAAUGUUCAUUUUGAUACUGAUUUGAUGUCUAACAUGAGUUCACAAACAUUGUUCAGUCCUCUCAAAAACGUCCACCUUUUAGAUUGGGUGUGUACCACGUUUCUACAGAAGGUGGAGGUACAGAGAGGUCUGCGACUUUGUAUUCCAGACAGGGACUUCGAUGUGGGCGUUUGUGCAGCUGAAGAAAUUAUCAAUUGUAUUCACAACAGCUGGAAGACUGUCCUGUAUGUAACAGAGACCUUUCUUCAGGACGAGAUGUGUUCCUUUACACUGUCAUCUGGGGUCUAUGCAUGCAACAAUAACAUGCCCAAGAGACUAAUGCUUCUAUAUUCCGACACCAUCUUGCAUCACCCUCUGCCACCAUUACUCACUCAGCUUCUGGAUGGAGCUAAUGUGUUUGUUCUGGAAGAGCUGGAAGAAAAAAGAGCCUGGCAACAGUUCUUCGAACUUGUUUUGAAGUGGAUCUGA